GCUCUGUGACUGUCAUUACCUGCAGAGUCCAGGGCCUGGCCUGGGGGCAGGCUGGAGCUGCGUGUCCCCAGCUUCUCACGUGUAAGGACCUUCAGUAUUCCCUACCUGAGCCCGGGGCCUGGAAGCUGAAUGGUGCUGCCUUCAAACUUAGGCCCAUGGUGUCUCCAGGGAAGGCUUCCUGGGGGAGGAGGCGACGCUCCCCAGUCCCCCCAUCCCCCAACCCUGGCAUCAUGCAUCGGACCACACGGAUCAAAAUCACGGAGCUGAACCCUCACCUCAUGUGUGCCCUCUGUGGGGGGUACUUCAUCGAUGCCACCACCAUCGUGGAGUGCUUGCAUUCCUUCUGCAAAACCUGCAUCGUGCGCUACCUGGAGACCAACAAGUACUGCCCCAUGUGUGACGUGCAGGUCCAUAAAACCCGCCCACUGCUGAGCAUCAGCCAAGGCGGCAGGAAUGGCAGAGCACGGGUGUGGACCCAGGCCCCUCCCCUCCCUCCGGUUGCACCCAGCUUGCCGUGGGCUAAGAGAUCUGACAAAACCCUCCAAGACAUUGUCUACAAAUUGGUCCCUGGGCUUUUUAAAGAUGAGAUGAAACGGCGACGGGAUUUCUAUGCAGCCUACCCGCUGACGGAGGUCCCCAACGGCUCCAAUGAGGACCGCGGCGAGGUCCUAGAGCAGGAGAAGGGGGCUCUGAGCGACGAUGAGAUUGUCAGCCUCUCCAUCGAGUUCUACGAAGGUGCCAGGGACCGGGAGGAGAAGAAAGGCCCCCUGGAGAAUGGGGAUGGGGACAAGGAGAAGCAGACAGGGGUGCGCUUCCUGCGGUGCCCGGCAGCCAUGACCGUCAUGCAUCUUGCCAAGUUUCUUCGCAACAAGAUGGAUGUGCCCAGCAAGUACAAGGUGGAGGUUCUGUACGAGGACGAGCCACUGAAGGAGUACUACACCCUCAUGGACAUCGCCUACAUCUACCCCUGGCGGCGGAACGGGCCUCUCCCCCUCAAGUACCGUGUCCAGCCAGCCUGCAAGCGGCUCACCUUGCCUGCAGUGCCGACUCCUUCCGAGGGCACCAACACCAGCGGGGCGUCCGAGUGUGAGUCUGUCAGCGACAAGGCUCCCAGCCCUGCCACCCUGCCGGCCACCUCUUCCUCCCUGCCCAGCCCAGCCACCCCCUCCCAUGGCUCUCCCAGCUCCCACGGGCCACCCACCACCCACCCUACCUCCCCCACUCCCCCUUCGACAGCCAGUGGGACCACCACAGCUGCCAACGGGGGCACCUCGAACUGCCUGCAGACACCAUCCUCCACCAGCAGGGGGCGCAAGAUGACCGUCAACGGCGCGCCCGUGCCCCCCUUAACUUGAGAAAAGGGACCCUGGCCCUCCUUUCCAGCCAUGCGUCUCCACUCCCUCCACUUUUUCUGGGCCCUUUUUUUCCACCUCUUCUACUUUCCCCAGCUCCUCCCACCUUGGGGGUGGGGGGCGG